AGCCUCUCAUCCUAAUUAUCUCCACCUUCUAGCUCCUUCCCUCUCUUUAAUCCAUUAAACCUUGCGAGCCUAAUCUUCACCUUCAUCCCAAAGUUGUUGACAAUGGCGGAGACCAGACCCCAAGCCUUUGUUCUUCCCACCAACAACAACAGCAAGAAGAGAACCGAGCACGACGACAUGGACGGCCAAGACUACGCCGCUUCCGCCGCCAAGAAGUCGAUGUUCUUGCCCACAGCGGCGUCCGCAGGGUGGGAGGACCCCGCCAUGGCAUUAGCCAAUGCUCGCCAUGAGUUUGGCGAGCACGGCGGGGUCAACAUGUCCAUCGAGGCCUCGGCCACGUUCACCGUCAUGGAGCCGGAGACCCUCCGCAAGAUGUUUUCCGGCGAGCUCGGCGCCGACCGCGACUUCUUCAUCUACAGCCGUCACUUUAACCCCACGGUCCUUAACCUCAGCCGUCAGAUGGCGGCCCUUGAGGGCACCGAGGCCGCCUACUGCACCUCCAGCGGCAUGUCCGCCAUCUCCUCCGUCCUGCUGCAACUCGUCAGCAGCGGCGACCACAUCGUCGCUUCUAGAACCCUGUACGGCGGGACCCACGCCCUCCUCACUCAUUUCUUCCCCAGAGCCUGCAACAUAACCACAACGUUCGUCGACAUAAACGACCUCGACAUGGUCAGGAAUGCCAUCGAGGUGGGAAAGACUAAGGUUCUCUAUUUCGAGGGAAUGUCUAACCCUACUCUCACCGUGGCUAACAUACCGGAGCUCAGCCGAAUUGGGCACGAGAAAGGCGUCACCGUCGUCGUGGACAACACCUUCUCACCCAUGGUUGUCUCCCCGGUUAAGCUCGGCGCUGACGUGGUUGUCCACAGCAUAUCCAAGUUCAUCAGCGGCGGUGCUGACAUCAUUGCAGGUGUUGUGUGUGGACCUGCAAGCUUGGUGAACUCAAUGAUGGACCUUCACCAAGGUUCCCUAAUGCUUCUUGGCCCCACCAUGAAUGCGAAGGUAGCAUUUGAGCUCUCUGAGAGGAUACCUCACUUGGGUUUGAGAAUGAAGGAGCACUGCAACAGGGCAUUGGUGUAUGCCACAAGGAUGAAGAAGAUGGGACUAAAAGUCAUAUACCCAGGCCUCGAAGACCAUCCCCAGCACGAGCUUCUCAAGUCCAUGAUCAACAAGGAUUAUGGCUAUGGUGGACUUCUUUGCGUCGACAUGGGGACUGAGGAGAGAGCCAAUAGGUUGAUGAAUCUGUUGCAGAACUACACACAGUUUGGGUUCAUGGCUGUGAGCUUGGGGUACUAUGAAACCCUAAUGUCCUGCUCUGGAAGCAGCACAAGCAGUGAAAUGAGCAAUGAGGAGAAGGAGUUGGCUGGGAUUUCACCUGGGCUGGUUAGAAUGUCAAUUGGUUAUAUUGGAACUUUGGAGCAGAGGUGGAGCCAGUUUGAGAAGGCACUCAAUAGAAUGCAGGAUUCUGGUUUGUUUGGCAAGAAGUAAAAAACUAGAGUCCUUGUUUUUAUGUGUUUUUGGGUCCAGGAAUAAGGGCUAAGUUGGUUUGCUCUUGUAAAAAUAGGUGGACCCUUUUUAAUAUUUCAAUGAAUAUCCCCAGUUAUCCUUUUGGUUA